AUGCUUUCACGCGGCUUCGGCGGCGCGCCUGUAACUCGCAGCCUUACCUAUGGCAUUGUCGCCGCGUCGAUCCUCGCAAGCAUCACAGAUGUCAAGCACUAUUUCUUUAUCCAGAUUGAUCCUCACCUAUGGCGAUACCACCAGCUAUGGCGGGUCUUUACAUAUCAGCUUUGCUACACAAAUUCAACCGAGGUCCUCUUCGCCGCAAUGACCUUGUACAACUUGAGGGUAGUUGAGCGGCUCUGGGGUUCCCGCAAAUAUGCCUCCUUCAUUAUCCUCUGCUAUUGCCUGACGGCACUGCUACCACCAAUUAUCUUAGCACUUAUUCUCCGACCCCUCUCUUUUAAUAAGUUAAAUUAUCUCCCCGCGGGACCUACGCCUAUCAUAUUCGCGGUCCUGGCACAAUAUCAUGCCAUUAUCCCUCACAUAUAUAAAUAUCGCGUCGCAGCUUCCGCCGCCCCGCCUACCAACGAGCCCUUCGUAGGCCUUACUUUCUCCGACAAAUCCUACGUUUACCUCCCAGCAGCCCAGCUGUCUCUUUCGCAAUUUCCAGGCUCCUUAUUAUGUGCAUGUGUAGGCUGGGUUGUGGGGUACUCCUGGAGAAAUGAGGUGUUGCCUGGUGCCCUCGUUCGAUGGCGGAUUCCGGGGUGGAUGGUGGGAAUUAAGAGUAAGAAGCGCGAGGAGGAUUUUGAGGCUUUGAGACGACGCUUGGAGAGUGAAAAUACCGGUACGGCUGCAGCCACUGGAUCAGAUGGCCGAUUAGGAGGCGAGGAAGGCCGGAGACGGCCUUUAGGGGUACAGCUUGUUGAUCAGUUCAGAGGUGCCUUUUGA